CCGUGGUUUGAGUGGUGGCGAGCCCGCGGGGCUGCGAGCGGUCCGCGGGCUUCUCGGCGACUGCGGCACCAAGUUCGGCAGCUUUCGAAGGCGGAGCGCGGCAUGCCGCGGGUUCCGCGGGGUUGGCAGUGAACGUGCGGGCGGGAUGGGCCGGCGCCGGGGUGUGGAGCUGUACCGGGCCCCGUUCCCGUUGUACGCGCUUCGGGUGGACCCCAAGACUGGGCUGCUCAUCGCUGCGGGCGGAGGAGGCGCUGCCAGGACCGGCAUAAAGAAUGGCGUGCACUUUCUACAGCUAGAGCAAAUCAACGGGUGCUUGAGCGCCUCCCUGCUGCACUCUCAUGACACAGAGACACGGGCUACUAUGAACUUGGCGCUGGCAGGUGACAUUCUUGCUGCCGGACAGGACGCCCGAUGUCAGCUCCUGCGUUUCCAGGUCCAACAACAGAAGGGCAGUAAAGCAGAGAAGUCGGGUUCCAAGGAGCAGGGGCCUCGGCAGAGGAAGGGAGCAGCUCCAGCUGAGAAGAAAUCGGGAGUGGAAGUUCGCCCAGAAGGGGUUGAACUCAGAGUAAAGAAUUUGGAGGCGGUACAGACAGACUUCAGCCCUGAACCACUGCAGAAAGCUGUGUGCUUCAACCAUGAUAAUACCCUGCUUGCCACUGGAGGGACUGAUGGUCAUGUUCGUGUCUGGAAGGUACCUAGCCUGGAGAAAGUUCUGGAGUUCAAAGCCCAUGAGGGAGAGAUUGGAGAUUUGGCUUUGGGUCCUGAUGGCAAGUUAGUUACUGUGGGCUGGGAUUUCAAGGCCUCCGUGUGGCACAAGGAUCAACUAGUGACACAGUUACAAUGGCAAGAGGAGGGACCCACCUCUCCUGACACACCAUACCGCUACCAGGCCUGCAGGUUUGGGCAGGUUCCAGAUCAGCCUGGUGGUCUACGACUCUUCACAGUGCAGAUACCCCACAAGCGCCUGCGACAGCCCCCGCCCUGCUACCUCACAGCCUGGGACAGUUCCACCUUCUUGCCGCUUCGGACCAGGGCCUGUGGCCAUGAAGUCAUCUCCUGCCUCAGUGUCAGUGAAUCGGGUACCUUCCUAGGCCUAGGCACGGUCACUGGCUCUGUCGCCAUCUACAUAGCUUUCUCUCUCCAGCGCCUGUAUUAUGUGAAGGAGGCCCAUGGCAUUGUGGUGACAGAUGUGACCUUUCUACCUGAGAAGGGUUGUGGUCCAAAGCUUCUUGGGCCCCACGAAACUGCCCUUUUCUCUGUGGCUGUGGAUAGCCGUUGCCAGCUGCACCUGCUGCCCUCACGGCGGAGUGUUCCUGUGUGGCUCCUGCUCCUGCUGUGUGUCGGCCUUAUCAUUGUCACCAUCCUGCUGCUUCAGAGUGCCUUUCCAGGUUUCCUUUAACCUCCUGUGACCAAGGGAGUCGGGCUUGGACACUGCCACCGUCCAGAGCACAUUCAUUGAGGUCCAUGGCAGAGACUGCCUCCGAGGAGACUGACAGGGACUGCGUGUCCCUCAGCUAAAGCUUGCCUGUGGCCCCUGUCACUCUGAGUUGUGGGAGCCCUGCAUUCAUCACCUGUGGAUCCAUGCAGGACCGUGUGGUCUGAAGCCCAGGCCACACCACCUGCCUCCUUCCCUCUGCCUCCUAGGCCUCCAGCGUUGAGAUCCUCCUUUUCUAGAACUAUGUGAAGAUGCUCUAGAGCCUGGAGGCUUUGCCAUCCUUCUUACAGAAACUGUUUCUCCUCCUUCCCUUACAGCCUUUACACAAGGUCCUUGGCUUUUGUUGAGACAAAGUCUGGACUGGCACUUGCUGUUAGGGCAGGAAGAGGCAAAAGGAAGACUCAGGUAGCCAUGAUCUACUGGCUCAGGUGAGUAGCACCAAGCCAGCCAAGCCAGGUACACAGUAAGCUCCUGGAUGGUCUACUCCGGCCUGAGGUAAGGGAGAGUGAACCUCAGCUUAUUAGGCAGGAAGAGUUGAUAUUUAAUAAACAGAGAAAGAUUGAAGCGAGACCCCAAA